UCCGCCCCGUCCCCCGUCACGUGACCGGGGCGGCCGGGCCCCUAGCGGACACCGCAGCCGCGCCCGGCCCGGUCCGGCCCUGCUGCGCCUCGCCAUGGGCUGCUGCUACAGCAGCGAGGCUGAGGCCUCCGACCAGGAGGAAGAGACCAAACGGCUGCUGGAGCCGGCUGCCAGCCCUCCCAGCAAGGCGCUGAACGGCGCCGAGCAGAGCUACCACAACCUGCCCUCGGCUCGCACGGACGAGCAGGCGAUGCUCUCCUCCAUCCUCGCCAAAACCGCCAUCAACAUCAUCGAUGUGUCAGCAGCAGACUCCCAGGGCAUGGAGCAGCACGAGUACAUGGACAGAGCUCGGCAGUACAGCACCCGCCUGGCCAUGCUCAGCACCACCCUGACGCACUGGAAGAAGCUUCCCCUGCUGCCAUCUCUCACCAGCCAGCCCCACCAAGUCCUGGCCAGCGACCCUGUGCCCUUCGCAGACCUCCAGCAGGUGUCCCGGAUAGCUGCCUAUGCCUUCAGUGCUCUCUCCCAGAUCCGAGUCGACGCCAAAGAAGAACUGGUUGUACAGUUUGGCAUCCCCUGAGCCCCCCCAGACCUGCAGCUGCAGCACCUUGGGGGUCCUCUG